CUCAUCAGUUUCGGGUUGUUAUUUACAGUUUCCUCAUUGUUAAAUCGCAGAGAUCCGCCCUAGCUUCAUAACCAACGCAUUUGUUCGUCCUCUUCCAUCUGAGAUUCUACGCUCGCCUUCUCUACAACUCAAUCAUGCGUAGCUCUCACCGCAAGUCCCGGCACGGAUGUAGAGAAUGCAAGCAGCGCCAUAAAAAAUGCGACGAGAGUUCUCCAAUUUGCCUGAAUUGUUCCAUCACCAACCGCUCCUGUUCAUACCGCCACACACGCCCGUCCUAUCGCCCCUUUCGAACAAAACCAGCAGCACCACUAUUGACGCCGACACCUUCGCCGUCGCCAUCGCCGUCUGCGGUUCCGCCGCAUCUACCAUGGGUUACUCAGGAGUGGCGAGAUCAAGCGUACGGUAUGGGGCAUCUUGAGUUGCUUCACCACUUGGAAUCACGCGGGCUUGAAAAAGCGAGCAUCCUGCCGUUACCCUCAUCGACGCGUAGAGUGGUGAUGCAAUGCGCUCUCGCCAACCCUUAUCUCAUGGAUCAACUUCUUGCCCUAUCGGCGGCACACUUGAGCACUGUUCACCAGGGACAGCAACAAAUCUUCCGCACCAAAGCAACGGAACUCCAGACGCGAGCGUUGUCACUCUUCAACAGGUCCGAAUUGGCCAUGUCUCAGCAAAAUUCUUGCGCCUGGUUUCUGUAUGCUUCGCUUCUUGGCCUUCAGGUCAUGUUUGAGACUUUUCAUAGCAGCGACUUCAACUCUUUCCUCGAACGACUCGGCACCUACUUUCCGGUCCAUCAAGGUGUGCGCGCGGUAAUACAAAAAGCAUGGCCAACCAUCAAAGACAUCGUUGAUGGGAUCGUUGGGCAUAGGGACUUCUCGGUGGCCAGGGGCCUUGGCAAGCGGCGGCCUCAGGAAUGUGAUGAUGUAAUCUCUCUCAUUGACGCAUGUGAUCUCGAAGAAUCCGAUAAAGACGUGUGUCUUGAGGCUAUUGAGAUUCUCCAGUGGAUUUUCGAGCUCCAUCGCAUCAGUCCAGCAACUCGGGUGCACUUCACCGUCGCGUUUUCAAUUCUCAUACCAGCCAGGUUUGGGGAAAUGCUCGGGCAACGAAUACCCGAGGCACUCAUCAUAUUAUCUUUCCACGCCGUUCUUUUGCAUCGUUUACGGCAUUUCUGGGUAUUUGGUCCUUCCGGACGCUUUUUGAUUGAGUCAAUAUCGACUUAUUUAGGGACACCGUGGGCGCGGUGGUUGGUAUGGCCCAAUGAGCAGCUUAAAGUCAUAAGUAAUACCUCCGCGAUAUAUCCAACGGCAUUUCAAGAGCAGAUAUCUGUACUGGGUAGUAUGGAACAAAGCAUUGAAGGAGAAGUAGAGCUCAAGUAAUACGCAGCCGUCAUCUUAAGCCAACCUAAAAUAAUGGGAUUCUACAUAUGGAAAUUAAUGUUAAUAGAUGGCAAUGCGGAACAUGACUAGAAUAAAAUAGGCGUCGCAUUCUGCAAGAUACAGCGCCAAGAUGCUUUGGACCAACAUAAUAUGGGUGCAGCGAUAGUAUCUCUGAGUGAAUGCAUCUUUGCUAGGUACGGAGUAGACUGCGGAGUUCAUUCACACGGCAAUGUCCAGGGACCCAGCAAAAUCAUGGAUUCGACGGAAUUUAUGCGAGCCAAAGAAAGCUAUUUAGGGCCGGCCAAUGAGAGAAGCAGGAAUACGCGGGUGGAUCAGGGGGCGGCGCAUUCUGGAACUAGGUUAUCUUGAACACAACGGAUUGGCUUCGUAAUAGUAAACACACGGGAACUGCGUAGGUCUAUUCGUC